GUUGACCAAGGAAAUGAAUAGGGAUGUAAGUUGCACUGUGAUCGCAAAAAAGGUGGCUCAACACGAGUGCAAGGAGCCUGACGAUUUCUAUGACGCCACAAGUCCAUGUUUUCGAUGUAAUACCUUUUGGAAAUUUCUCUCUAUAAUUCUAGAAGAAAGAUGUUUCAGUGGGUGUUAGUUAGGACUUACUUAAAACUCUGAAACGGCUUUCUCUAAAGCCCUCAGCUGUUAAGGAGUUUCCUGAAAAAAAACCUUUAAAAGAUAUGGAAAAAGAAUUUGUGGCAAAACGUUAGAACCAUGUCUUUUCAUGAACAUAAGACGAAGAAAAAAUUAUGAUUUACCGUGAUUUAUCAUAAGGAAUCAAACCUCAGACGUUCGGAUUCCGAGCAUCAUGGUAGAGCGUCGAAGAGCGUCGGAGAGCGUGGUGUAACGUCGGUUGGCGGAAUAUGAUAGUCUGAGGUUCGAUUCUUCAUGGGGACUCUUACUCGAGGUUACUUCAAUGGUUGUUGCAUCAGAAACUUUCUGUAGUCCUUUAUUUACAAGUCCAAUCCACAACAAUUACUUGGUGGAAACAUUUGCAGGGGGCUUGGGACCUAAUCAGAAAAACAAUAUGGUGGAUGACUUCCCGUGAUGUGGAAUUACGUUAGUUCUUCAAUCUUAUUCCUCCUCCGGGCGGUAUCAAAUUGUUUUCCCUCUGCAUUGACUCACCAGAUCCUGAGAAUACUGCCCUAUCUUUUUCUUGGAUGCGUUUGUUAUGGAUUUGACGCCAUAUUUUCAAAAAUACAAGGAGAGUACGCUCCUUACAUUGGAGCUGUUGCUGACAAUGCCGCCCAUGGGAUCAUUGCUUUCUUCAGUUGGUGUAUCGUUUGCGAGAUCCACACCCGAAAACAUCUGAUUGAUGGGGUUCUUUGCGGUAUCAUUGCUUGUGCAAUUGAUUUAGAUCAUUUUAUUGCUGCUAAAUCUUUCAAACUUAAGGAUGCCCUUCAACUUAAAAACAGACCAUUUCUUCAUACUACAACAGUUGUCUUCAUUGUGGUGCCAAUGUUACAGGUGUGGCUUGCACAGAACAAUUGCUUUCUUCGAUCCCUACCAUACUUGUUUACAGUUGGGGUUAGUUCACACCACCUGCGAGAUGGGAACAGGCGUGGCUUAUGGUUUUGGCCCCUUGGGAGUACACCACCUCUGCCAUACUGGAUAUACAUAUGUUGUAUUGUUGCCCUACCUUUUAUUGUCAAAGAAACAAAAGCUAACAUGGACAAGCUGGUUGUUAUUCCUGUAGCUGAAAACAAUGUAGUCCUUCUGGAUGUAUGAAAAUUAACUGAAUAGAGCAAUUUAUCCAUUUCUUUUAUUCAAUAUAGGGACAUACUGACAAAUUUUAUUCAAAUGCUUUCCCAUGACUUAAUACAACAGCUGCAUAACUAAAAAGGGCUUUAGCAAUAGAAAAGUGCACAUUUUGUUAAGGGUUAUAGUUAGGGUUUGAGAAACUCAGGUAAAUAAACUGUAUGAUGAUAAUAAGUAGUCUGGCAUUUUAGUAAUUAUAGGCCUCUUACCUACUCCUUCUUGGGCCCAAAACUGAAUGGUUCAUCACUAAAAACUGCAAAAUCAAUGAAUUCUAUUUUGGAAUGAUUAAAAGCUCCUCAUAAAAAUAGGGAAACAACACACAAACCCUAUGCUUGAGUAAUUGGUUUCUUAAAUGCUGACUUAUAUCACUGCAAAUUACUGCACAAUAAAUGGUGAUGUUCUGGUGAAAUGAGAAAAAUAAAAGCAGGGGGAAAAUGGAAAAAGAGAGAUGAUAAAGAAAACAAAAACAAAGAUUUGUUUAGGCAGAGGCUGAUUCAGAAUCCUCUUGCAAAA